CUGGAGGAUACCAGUCUUGUGUUCCAUAUAGCUUUGCUUAAUGGUGUCCAAUGAAGACGGACUCGACGUUCUCUAUUACACGAUUCGAUUAAUAUGCCAAACGCUAGUAUAUGGAAUGUACCUGGUUCUUAUACCCUUUUGUUGCCGUGCAAUGCUGAAAAGAGGCAUCCAAGGAACAACCCGACGUGUGCUAUUCUGUAUGCUGGUCUUCAUGUUUUCUCUCUCGACGGCCCAUUGGGUUCUAUCCGUAUACCACGACCUCGAUCUCAUCACAAGCGGGUUCGUGAACGGGAUUCCUUUGGAUAAUGAUGCCGCCAGCUAUCGCCGACAGCAGUGCCUUCUGAUGAAUGCUUUGGCACUGAUAAACUGCUUCUUGACCGACGGCGUCGUUGUCUGGCGAGCAUGGGUGCUCUGCAAACAAGAAUACCCCAAGGCACUAAUGGUUCCUAUCGUGCUUUUAUGCUGCACAACAUUGUCUGCGGUAGUUAUGAUUGGAAUACGGAUUGCGAUAACUGUUAUAUCAGUCAGCCAACAUAUCGUCGUAACUGGUAAUGCCUUGGCUCACUCUUUAGAUGUUUCCCAAGUACUGUGCUCGGUGCUUACUUUGUUGACUAAUCUGUCUUCGACAACAAUCAUUGGAGUCAAGGCUUGGCGGUAUAGACGAUGGAUUACUACCGAAGUAGUGCAAUCCGGGAAAAGGAGCAUGACGCGAGGAGAACGAGUUAUCGCGCUGCUGGUUGAGACUGGAGUCCUUUACAUGCUUUCUACGGUAUUCCUUCUCGUCGCUGUCUGGAUUCGACUUCCAUUUGGCACCUUGGGCGACAUCUAUGUUCCUGUUAACGCACAGUUUGCGGGCAUGUACCCAACAAUUGUCGUUCUCUUCGUUAAUCGUCGAGGCCCCAUUAGCGAGACUGACGUCUUCACUUCCCAGAGCAAAUCUGAUGUACCUGACCAUGGGCGAAAUUCAGUGCGCCUGGAAUCCAUAGAAUUCCGUUCAAAUCCUUUGCUUGACACAUCAGCCGUCAACGAUAGUGAGACUGAGGUUACGGAUGAUGAAUUUUUGAGAGUCCAAGACUCGCAAAAUGAAAGGAGAUUCGAAAAGGUUCGAUAUGAGCCUUUGCACCUUGUAUAAGUCUCACAGUACGCCAAACGGCAAAUUAUAAAUAUAUGUAAUAGUACUCUACGCUGUAUAAGGAUCUAUAGGAAAG